AACGACACUUUUGUACCUUUGUUACUCACUGAAUGCCAAGAAAGAUAAAAAUGAUGUUUAUGUCGACUUAUGUCACCAAAAUGGAAAGCAGCCAAUGUUAUCAACGCGCGAGUUUUUAAAUCAAGCUGUCGUUUUUACUGAAAUACUUUUUUCGAUCUUAUACCGGUGGAAACAAACGGAGGGAAAUGCGAGAGAUACGAAUACGAGACGAUCUAUUUUGAAUGCAGAAAGUGCAGGUAAAACGAGCAAAUACCACGCACCGAGGAUUACACCCUGUGCUGGUGAUGGUGGUGGUGGUGGUGGUGGCGGUAGCGGUAGUCGAUGAUGUUCGCGCACGCAGAUAGGUUAGGGCAAGUGUUGGCCGCUGCUGCCUCGUCUCUGUUUAUCCGCGUUGCCGAAGAAUCAAAGUCGCGUCUCGCCUGCAGGUCAUCUCCAGUUCCAGUGCACGUCCGACCGCGAUGAGAGAUUCGUAGCGGAGGUUAGACGCCGAGGUAACCGUCGAUCGAUUCCGCGCGAUCGAGAGCGGUGCCGGGUGCGUAGAACACAGUUGGUAAAAUGGGCAAAUUGUUGUCAAAGAUCUUUGGCAACAAGGAGAUGCGUAUCCUCAUGUUAGGACUGGAUGCAGCAGGAAAAACUACAAUAUUGUAUAAACUUAAAUUAGGACAGUCUGUGACAACUAUACCAACUGUAGGAUUCAAUGUAGAAACAGUUACCUAUAAGAAUGUUAAAUUUAAUGUAUGGGAUGUAGGUGGUCAAGAUAAAAUACGUCCGUUAUGGCGUCAUUACUAUACAGGAACGCAAGGACUUAUUUUUGUAGUAGACUGUGCGGAUCGAGAUAGAAUCGACGAAGCCCGUCAAGAACUUCAUCGAAUCAUUAAUGAUAGGGAAAUGCGUGAUGCGAUUAUUUUAAUCUUUGCUAAUAAACAAGAUCUUCCGGAUGCAAUGAAACCGCACGAAAUACAAGAGAAACUGGGAUUAACUAGGAUACGAGAUAGAAAUUGGUACGUUCAGCCAUCUUGUGCCACAACGGGAGACGGGCUUUAUGAAGGCCUUACGUGGUUAACCAGUAAUCAUAAAUUAUGAGCAAAUAUUUAUUUUUCACAAAUUAGUUAUAUAUACAGAGAAUAUACGUUUGCUUUGUAUUUUUUAUUUUAAUUUAUCAUAUGGAGGCUCCAUCAAGACGAACAACAACUGACAAUGAUAUACUUGACAACAUCUUUUUUACUAGUACAGUUAUCACAGAUGCAAAAGGAAAAAAAAGGAAAUAAUAUAAAGAUGACUAUUAAUGGUGUGUUCCAAUAAUAUCGCUCCUAGGGUAAUAGUAAUUUAUUGUAAACGAGGUAUCAAGGGUUUACGCGUGACCUUUGUUAUACUAGCUAUUUAUCCCAUGUCAUGGAAAUAAUUACCGAAUAAAGUUGUGCUAGCGGGUUUAAUACCGCUCUCUGUACAUGUAACAUAUUCACACAAGUGUACUAUUUCAUGAGACACACAAAUUGUACAAGUUAAAAAAAAAUUACGAGAAUCUAGUUAUGAUAUUAAGAGGUUCACAGAUUCACAAGGAUUAGUAUACUGUAUAACUUACCUUUGCAGGAUCAUAUCUAAUAUCUAACUGUUAUUUGAGCGGCAAGUACCUCAAGUUUUUAAUGAAACGCAGCUAGAGAUUUUUAACUUCGUAAUAUAUCUUGUUGUCAAAAUGCUAUCUAACGUGUAUUAUAUAAUAUUCAUACAUAUAGCCCGUGAGUAUAAUACGCGAAUAAAUUAAAAAUACCUAUAUUGAGGCUUUAUAUAGUACAGCAAGAUUAUUCUGUUGGUAAACAUCCUUGUUGUUUAGAGUUUUGUACCGAAAAAUUGCUUUUCAUUUAUUUUCUUUUUGUGAUGUCUUCCAAACUUGUGUAUGUUUUUAAAUUAGUUUUCAUCCCUUUCAUAUUGUUUACCGAUUGUUAUUAUGAUUACGCACAAAUCGCGGAAUAAGAAAUAAUGCAAUAAGGAGUUAUCGGUUUACUGAUACUGUGAGCUCAAAAACCUAAAAAAAGAAAACGAAAAGAAAACAAUGUUUCAAAGAACAUAACAGCAUUGAAUCUGCCAAUAUUUUUUACUAUUUAAGUGAAUAUCGGAUAAUAAAGCAUAUUAGUAUUAGGCAACGAUCGAUUCGUUAAGGACAUUUUAAACGGAUGAGAUAAAUGUUUCCGUGAUCAUUUCAUUUCUCAUAGCAUAAUCUAUAGAGUAAGAUUAGUAAGAAUAUACUUCGAGAUUCAUAACUGAUUCAUAGAAGUUAACAAGUGUUCACAAAAUGUUUGUGUAUGAUUAUCGAAUCAAAUUAAGUUACGAGUAAAUAACAGUGAUGAUACACACCUUGUAAUUUGUGAAUGCAUUGACACCUUGUUUACAUUCCAUGAUACAUUAGCGAAUUAGACUAUUAGAGAGACGUUUUAGUUAUAUGAAUAAUCUUCUACUUGGAUUAUAACAAGAGAUUUUUCCAGACGUAAGUUUGUAUAACUUCCUCAGCAUCCGUACCAUUAAUGUUAAGUAUCUUACUUAAGAGAUGGUGUGAGGUUGAACAUCGUGCAUCGUCUGUAUAAAAAUCAUAAUCAGGCUUUGGAAAUACGGAGCUGUUUUCCGGAGAACAUUAGACGUAUUACUUUGCACUCUAUGGCUACGUAUUGUACAACCUCGUGAACGUAAUCUCUACAUUUUUUCACAACAAUGUUUCAAGUAGCGCUAUCAUUAUUGUGUACCCUUUCUAAUCGUAUAAUAUAUAUUAUAUAAUUGUGUUACGUUUUUACCGUCAGCUUUAGCAGAAGUCAUUUUCUCUUAUUAAAUGUGAUGUUAUGAUGUUAAUUGACGAAGUUUUAUGUAUAUAAAUAUGUUUGAUAUGGUCCAGCUAACGUCGAGCGUCUUAUGUGUUCCAUAUAUCCACAUUAAUACGUUAUAAAGAUAAAAUACAAGAUGAUAAUAACGAAUUAUAUAUAUACGAAAAGUUUCUCGAGGACUAAUAGAAAAUAUUAUUUCAAUGGCGUUUUGAUAAAAAGAAAAAUACACAGGGCAAGGGAAAGAGUCGCUCCAAGAAGAUAAUAUAAAUUUCAGAAAGAAAAUAAAUUCUAAAUUUUUUUUAUAUA